GCGGAAAAAGAUAAAGAACGCCGUGAAUGACCUCCAGAUAACUGGGGAGGCUUUAAAUACCCUGACGAACCCGGUAAGGUCGACACUCACCUCCACUCUCCUGCCACAUCAGUGUCUCCUCUGGGUCGCCCGCCGCAAGUCAAGCGAAGAUGCGAUUCUCAGCAGCAGCAGUAGCAGCAUGUCUGCUUGCCCUCGUCAUGGUGGAAUACGCGUCGGCGAUCCCCGCAGAUCUCAAGUCCCUCAAGGGCAAGGAACUAAACUGCCAGUGCGGCUGCGAGGUCUUCGACGACGAGUGCCGGAACCCCGAGACCGAAGACGAAUAUUUCUCCCAUCCCGAGGAUUGCGGCAGCUUCUGCGGGUGUCACAUGGGCACGGCCUACUAUUACAUCUGUCCGGACGAGCUCGUGUUCAACGAGGAGGCGGAAUACUGCGACUGGCCGGCCAACGUGGAAUGCGAGGCACCCAUGAACCCCGACGUCUGCCUGGAGCACGACUGCCUCAACCCAUUGGCACCCACGACACCAAAAGGAAUGGCCGUUGGUGAUCUUCCAGGACAAGAGUCGAAACCCAAAUCUUGAAGCGAAUCGUGACGAAAACCUAAACUGUUCAGUGCUGUCAGAAAUAAACGAUUUUUUUUUACUUGUCCUGGCACAUUUUGUUGAAAGUUUUUGAAUAUAUCUAGAAUUUUUAUGGAAUAGAA